UAUAGCACUCCUUUCCCUGUAAUGCCAGAACCUGACCUCCCUCUGCAACUACAACAGAGCUACCCCCAGCAUCUCUGCAACCUCCUACUCUCUCAAACCCAAGCAAGGUCCCUUCCCAAAGGCCUCCAACUCCAUGCCCACAUCAUCAAAACAGGGUUCCAAUCCAUUCCUCUGAUCUCACACUACCUCAUCAACUUCUACUCUAAGACCCAACUUCCUCACUCUUCUCACCAACUCUUCCAUGAAACCCCACACCACUCUUACACUACUUGGAGCUCCCUCAUCUCCUCCUUCGCUCAAAACCAACUCCCCCACCUCGCCCUCCACUUCCUGCGCCGCAUGCUCCGCCAUGGCCUUCUCCCCGACGACCACAUUUUCCCCAGCGCCACCAAAUCCUGCGCCACCCUCUCCGCCCUCCACGUCGGCAUGUCCCUCCAUUCCCUUGCUUUCAAGACCGCCUACCAUUUUGAUGUUUUCGUUGCCUCCUCCCUCGUUGACAUGUACGCUAAAUGUGCUGAAAUAGGGUUUGCCAGGAAGGUGUUUGAUGAAAUGCCUCAGAGAAAUGUGGUGUCUUGGAGUGGGAUGAUAUAUGGGUAUGCACAAAUGGGGUAUGAUGAGGAGGCUUUGAGUUUGUUUAAGGGUGCUUUGGUGGAAAACGUUGGUGUUAAUGAUUUUACCUUGUCUAGUGUUUUGAGGGUUUGUAGUGCUUCUACUUUGUUUGAGUUGGGGAAGCAAGUGCAUGGAUUGAGCUUUAAGACCAGCUUUGAUUCGUCGUGCUUUGUUGCUAGUUCGUUGAUCUCGCUGUACUCCAAGUGUGGGGUUGUGGAGGGAGGUUACCAGGUUUUUGAGGAGAUAAAGGUGAGGAACCUUGGCAUGUGGAAUGCAAUGUUGAUCGCCUGUGCGCAGCACGCGCACACAGGGAAAGUGUUUGAGCUGUUUGAGGAAAUGGGGAGUGUUGGGGUGAAGCCGAAUUUUAUUACUUUUUUGUGUAUGCUUUAUGCUUGUAGUCAUGCAGGGUUGGUGGAGAGGGGGCAAGGUUACUUUGAGAUGAUGAAAAAGUAUGGGAUUGAACCGGGGUCUCAGCAUUAUGCUACCAUGGUGGAUUUACUUGGUCGUGCUGGGAGAUUGGAUGAUGCGGUUCGAGUGAUACAAGAGAUGCCUAUGGAACCUACAGAAUCUGUUUGGGGUGCUUUGUUGACAGGGUGUAGAAUACAUGGGAACACUGAGUUGGCAUCCUAUGUGGCUGAUAAAGUUUUUGAGAUGGGUUGUGUGAGCUCUGGCCUUAAUGUUUUGUUGUCUAAUGCUUAUGCUGCUGCUGGAAGAUGGGAGGAAGCGGCUAGAGCGAGGAAGAUGCUGAGGGACCAAGGCAUAAAGAAGGAAACUGGUUUGAGUUGGGUGGAGGAGGGGAAUAGAGUUCACACAUUUGCUGCUGGGGAUAGGUGUCAUGCCAAAACCAAGGAAAUUUAUGACAAGUUAGAGGAGUUAGAAGAAGGAAUAACCAAAGCUGGUUAUGUUGCAGACACUUCUUUUGUGUUGAAAGAAGUGGAUGGGGAUGAGAAGAGCCAAACUAUUAGGUAUCAUAGUGAAAGGUUAGCCAUAGCAUUUGGCCUCAUUACUUUCCCUCAGGGAAGACCAAUCAGAGUAAUGAAGAAUUUGCGUGUGUGUGGUGAUUGCCACACUGCGAUCAAGUUUAUUAGCAAAUGCACUGGAAGGGUGAUCAUUGUGAGGGACAAUAACAGGUUCCACCGAUUUGAGGAUGGACAUUGCACUUGUGGAGAUUACUGGUAAUGAUGGUAAGGUGCUGCGUGACAUUUAGAGUGAGUCACUGAGUGAGAACAUGUUAUUAUUGGAGCAAAGCGGGAACAAAACUAGCAUCACACCAUUCGUGAACUAUCAUGUUUUUGCUAUCUCACCACGUUCAAAAUCGUGGUAAUUUUGAAAAUUCUUGCCUUUUUUUUUUUUUUUUUGCAAUUCUUACUAACGUGAUUCGAAAUUAAAAGGCAGCCUAUGUUGUACUCAAAGGAAAACUCCAAAAGCAAUUUGAUUUCCUUGCCAGUUGCGGCCACCGUCACAUGAAUCCUUUUGUCUCUGUUGUGUUGAAAUCGGGAUCUUAAUGAGGGGCUGAGGGUCCCAAGUAAAGCAGUAUAUCAUUCUUAAGGCUGGCUAUUAUUUAUGGUGCGUUUGGUUCCGUGUUCAAGUGGAUAAGGAUCAAUGUUAUUAGCUAUAGUUUCUGCGAUAAUCUGUAUUCAAACACACUUAAUUUUUAACACCAGGUGUGUUCUAUGCGCACCUAUUUUUCAUUUUUGCUGUUGACAACGUACAAGUAUAAACACAAAAAUAUACAGUAGAUGGAGAGAUGAAAAUAAGAACUAGAAGUUAUGAUGGCUUCUGAAUCCGCUUCUUCAAUUUACUCCAAGUUUCUACCCUUUUUCAAACUAAAUUUCUUUUGGUCAAUAUUUGCUAAAGUAAUAAAAGUGUGGUGAAUAUUAAAAUUUUGCAUAACCAAUACUGAAACUAAUUUCCCGCUGGCCAAACACCACCCUUAUCUCCAUGACCACUGACAAAAAUCCACCAAGCCAUAAAUCACAUUCUCACCCUCUAUUGCGUGACACCCUCAAUGAACCAACAACUUUGACGUAGUCUCAACCUCCACGCUCUCCAUGGAGAUCGAGAUCGAGGGUAUGUAUUUGUUGGUGGCCAUUGCCAUGGAGAUGGAGAUGGAGGCAGGAAAAGGAAAGCAAGGGGAGCUUAAACCAAAAUGAUGUUUUGAGUAGCAUAAAAAAUAAGUGUUACUUUCGUUAAGUGGUGUAACCGAGUUGACAAGAAAACUAAUUUAUAAAUAAAACAUAACUUAAAAGAUCAAAUUGAAUAAAAAUAAAUACAUUAAACUAUAAAUAAAUAUAAGAGACCGAAAGUAUAAUUUUAUUUAUCAUUUACUUAAAAUGUUGUGUCCUCUCCUUGUAGUGCAAAUCUUUAGAGUAGCCAUAAUUAUUUGAGAUAUUGUAGCAUACCCAAACCUUAAAUUCUCUUCCACAUACUUAUCAUUAUACUAUGAUUGUUGGACUUGGCCCCAAUUAACCUAACUAUAGGACCAAGGUAUUUGGUGUCUUAGAUAAGAAUUAUGUUGAAGUUUUUUUAAUAUUUUUAUAGAAAAAAACUAAUAUUUUCAAAUGAUCUUUUGAUUUUUAUCUUUACAACAAUUUAAAAAA